AUAUUCUCUCUGAAUAUGCAGGCAUCCAGGCUUGCCUUGGAACCAGAAACUGCAGGAUUUUGUCAUUGACACUGCAGAACAUAGAUAGUUGUACCUUCCUUUUGUCUUCUUUCCAAAUUACCGAAUGUUAAGUUCAAAGGAAAGGAAUUUAAAGCACUUAACCCUAUAUUUUGGCCUAAUUUAGCUUAUCACCGGCGAAAUUUUGAACUUUUAGUGGACCAUAUAGGUUCAAACAAAGCUUCCAAAGCUGGCGCAAAGAAGAAACUUGUUUGCAAGAUUCUCUUCAUUUGGUAAUGAAAAGGAUGGGUAAGACAGAACAAAUUAAAAAAAAUGGAUGGCGUGUGAUACUAAGCAUGAUAGUGUUAUAUCAAGGUCUAGAUUCCACUCCAAAAGCCAACAAAAGAAGAUCAAUGAUUUCUUCUCCCUGAAUUUCCCCUACUAUAGCCAUCAGCUGUUCCUGUCUCCAUAGCUGUUCCUGUCUCCAUACUCCACUCCCUCCAGCUAUCAGCCAUGAAUACCAUCAUCACUAUUGUCCUGUUUCUCAUCCCCAUCUUCCUUCUCCUAACCAGGAGAAAGAGACCAUCAGAAAGGCUUCCUCCAGGGUCACUAGGACUUCCAAUAAUAGGUCAAAGCCUUGGCCUUCUCCGGGCCAUGCGAACCAACACCGCAGAAGAAUGGCUUCAGAAAAGGAUAAGGAAGUAUGGUCCGAUAUCAAAGAUGAGUCUAUUUGGCAAACCAUCUGUAUUCAUUUAUGGACAGACAGCCAACAAGUUUGUAUUCACCAGUGACAGCAGCACUAUUGUUAACCAGCAAGUGAAGUCGAUUACUGCAAUUCUGGGUGAUCGGUGUAUUCUGGAACUGAUUGGGGAAGAUCAUAAGCGAGUUAGAGAUGCCCUUGUAUCAUUCUUGAAACCCGAAUCGUUAAAGGAGUAUGUUGGGAAGAUGGAUGAAGAAGUAAGGAAGCACCUUGAGAUGCAUUGGCAUGGCAAGCAACAAGUCAAGGUGUUACCACUGAUGAAAACCCUCACAUUCAACAUAAUCUGCUCUCUUCUAUUUGGACUUGAACGAGGAACCAGAAGAGACAAGCUUGUUGAUGAUUUCCAAAGCAUGAUAGAAGGAAUGUGGUCAGUACCGGUUAAUCUGCCUUUCACACGCUACAACCGCAGCCUUCAGGCAAGUGCAAGGGCACAGAAAAUGUUGAAAGGUCUAAUUGGUGAGAAGAGAGUGGAUCUGGAGCAGAAGGGUGCUUCUCCUCGCCAAGACCUCAUCACUUGUCUGCUUAGCAUCCGCAAUGAGAGGAAUGAGGCAGUGAUUUCAGAGAAGGAGAUUAUUCACAAUGUUAUGCUCAUCAUGGUUGCCGGACAUGACACUUCUUCUGUUCUUCUCACUUUCUUAGUGCGCCUUUUAGCUAAUGAUCCUGCUGUUUAUGCAGCUGUUCUUCAAGAACAAGAAGAGAUAGCAAAGAGCAAGCCUGAUGGGGAGCUUCUGACUUGGGAAGACCUGGCCAAGAUGAAGUACACAUGGAAAGUUGCAAUGGAGACUCUCAGGCUGUUCCCACCAAUCUUUGGUGGCUUCAGGAAAGCUGUAAAAGAUAUCGAGUAUGGUGGAUAUCUUAUCCCCAAGGACUGGCAAAUUUUCUGGGUUACGGGCAUCACACACAUGGAUGAUAGCAUAUUUCUAGAACCAUCAAAAUUUGAUCCCACUAGAUUCGAAAAUCCAGCUUCAAUCCCACCCUACUGCUUCAUUCCAUUCGGAGGGGGACCAAGGAUAUGUCCAGGAUACGAGUUUGCAAGGGUUGAAACCCUUGUUUCAGUUCAUUAUCUGGUUACUCGGUUCACCUGGACGCUACUAUGUUCAGACAACUUUUUCAGCAGGGACCCCAUGCCUGCUCCAACUAAAGGACUACCAGUUCAACUCAGUCCGAGAAAACUACUCUGAUGUUCUUGUCUCUUGGUAAUGGAAAUUGGAAUCUUUGACUGCAUCAAAGAAUCUUGCAAAGUUCUCUAUUGCUGAUCAAAUCACGUGCAAUUUAAUCUUGUGGAAAGAUUAAGCAGGCCUAUAAAAUAUAGUGUAAGAGCCUCAUAAUCAUAAGACCAGACUAGUGUUUUUCCAGCUGAAGAAAUAAAUGUUCCAAAUUUAACUCUCAA